ACUUACUGGGCGCCUGGGACGCCGAAAGGGGAGCCAGGUUUGGCGCGGAAGUUGGAGGGGAGUGAAGUGGGGGGGGGACCCCCUUUAGUGGCAUAUCCUUGGGUUCAUGCCCCUGCCCGAACUUGGAAGGCUACUUUUAUGCUCGCAGGAUUCUUGAUCACAAAACGCAGUAAGAUGUCUUCUGCACCUCAACCUCCAGAUUUACAACAUGAAGCACCUAAGGAUAAAGAUUAUCGAAGUCCAGGGCUCCGAGGUGUGAAAACUACCACCCUGUUCCGUGCCGUAAACCCAGAACUUUUUAUUAAACCUAACAAAGCAGUUAUGACUUUUGGGCUUGUGACCCUUACACUUUGUGUGGCCUACAUUGGAUACUUGCAUGCACAGCAAGAGAAUAUAAAGGAUCUCUACGAAGCUAUUGACAGCGAAGGAAACAGAGAAAUGAAGCGGAAGACUUCUAAAUGGGACUAGAGAAAUGGAUCUCUAACAUGGUGUGUAUCAAUGUGGCAGGAGGAAAAAUUGUAUACAUACUUUUUGAGUUGUAAUUGUUCAGAAUUUUUGUGCAGGAGCCAUCAUUUUUCUAUUCAGCAAUGGAUGAUUCUCUUGAAACAUAAUAUCCAACAUGAAAUGCUUGUACUUGUUCCGAAUAAAAGCCAGAGUUUUUAAGGAA